AUGAAUUCGACGUCAGUGCAAUUCAGUCCCGUUAAGGACGGGCGACGAAUUCUCGGCGAGAAAGACUCAAACGCGUGUCUGUCCCCCGCCACACACGCCAAACCCUCAUUCCCGGCCAUUGGGACCCCAGUCAAGCGGAUGUCGAUUGCUACCUCACCAAAGAAGCUCCUCCCAUCUCCCAUAUUUGCAGGCCAAAAACGGACACGGGAUCAAGCGGAUGAGAUGGAAGAAGACCUCGGACACGUGCAGGCGCGGGAAUGCUCUCCGCAGCCAGGCGUCCAAUCUCCUGUCAAUGAUGAUAUACAAAGCCAGAUCAACCAAACCCCCACACCACAAAACUCACAACCUGAACGCGACCAAACGCAAGAUCUAAUGGACACCCACCAAUCUCUCAAUGUGCCCAGCACACCCGAGCAAGGAACGCGUAACAUUACCUCAGACUCUGACGCGCGCAAAAUGUUUAUCCAACAAAAAGCAAGCCUCCUCCGAUCAAGACUACAGAGCGCGAUGCGCAAUGUGACAGACCACCAAUUCGACCGCCGGAUCUCCGAACUAGAAGCACACAGCCGCAAAUGCCCACGGCUCUCCCUCUCCGUCCUCUCCACACCACCACUCUCAUCGCGCAAACACUUGACAUCCUUUUCAUCCUCGCAAAUGAAGACACCCCGCAUAGGCUGCACUGGCUUCACUUCCACCCCCUCCCACAGCACACCCGAUCUUCCAGGUCAACCUUCCCCAUUGUCUUCCAGCGUCGUUCAGCCACGCACGAAGUCACACGCGCAACGAACACCGCCUCGAGGGCUCGGCUCGCCAAUGCAGCUGAGUAGUCCUCCAGCUACGGUCAUUCGCCGUGAAGGCGAUAGGGAAACAAGCAUGGGCCCAAGAGCCCAGCUCGGCAUGGAUGUGGAUGGCAUGUCGCCGUCACAGCGAGGUGACGCGGUCGAUGGGCUAUUGAAACUCAUGAGUACGGCCGGCAAUCAAAGUUCGGACUCGUGGACUGGUUGA